GAGCAGAUCCAUUCUGACGAACUAGGACAGUACUUUUUGGACCAAACAGUGAGGAUUUGGAGUCCUUAUUUGCAUGAAGAUGGACUAAUCAAGGACCUGGGUUGGGGACUUCUUUCUGAAAAACAACACGUGGAAGCUCUUCAAAUGCCCCAUCUCCAAGAUCUUGGUGGGCCGCCCCACGUGUCUACCUUUUCAAGGUGACUGUACUGGGCCAGCAUCCCGCCCCUCUACCCCGCCGCCGCCAGGGCGCAGACACUGGCACUCGCUACCGGUCCACCCCCACCGAGGCUGUCAGUUCCGGCGACCUAGUCUACAGCGCGCCGGGACCGGAAAAUACAAGGCGGCUCCGGGAGGAUUUGGGCCUGGGGAGCACGAGUGGGCUGAAAAGCCCGGACGCCCCGCCCCUUGUGCGUGAGAGCCACCCGGCGGAAAGCGGCGCCCAGGAGUGCGGACGGGCGGGGCCGGGGAUGGAGCGAGUGGGGUUUAUGCUGCGCCUGCGGCGGAGGCGGGAGAGUGUUCUUUAUUAAACUCUGGGUCGUAGGAACUGUCCAAGGGUUGGAAAGAUAAUUUUAUUAAUUAUCUCUGCUAAUGAAGACCAGGCAGUUUUUCAUUCCACUCCGCCCAGCAGAAAUCUGAUUCCAAGCACUGUCCUGAAAGUCCUACAACUUCGGUCCUCCUCAGCCACCGUGGACUACAACUCCCAGGAUGCUUCGGGGCUCAGCCAUCUGACUUGCGCAGUAGCGUUCGUUGUAAAGUGCUAUGACAACAGGGCGUAGAUGGCUUGGAGUUAGGCAGGAGUCGGGAGGUGUCCCUUCCGCCGCUGCUGUCCUUUUUCUGCUACAUCCCACUCACUGCCUCCUUCAUCAUUUCCUCCUUUUUGUGAGCAGCAGGACUUGCCGUUGUUCUCGUCUGCCUGGUCUCUUACAAGGGAUCGAUGCUGUUUCCCCUGCUUGUGUCCAGGGGUGACAGAGAAGGGAUGCAGAGGAGCUCCUGGGGGGAUCGCUCCAACUCUGGAACUGGCAGUGCUAACCGGUGAGGCUCUUUGCCCAGGACGUGGAACAAGUUGGGCAGGAGAACGAGAGAGAGUAGUGAAGUUAAGGGUUGCUUUUCCCAGCACCCUCCGUUCUUGCUCUCGUCGUCCCGGGGACCCUGGAAGACAUUCUUAGAGGGAAAUCUGCGGAGAGAGAGUUCGAAGAAAGGUGGGGCAGGACCCACCUGGUUUGGCCUCAGAGUGAACAAAAAUGUCUUUAUUUAAAGCCCGUGAUUGGUGGUCUACUGUUCUGGGAGAAAAAGAAGAAUUUGAUCAAGGCUGUUUGUGUUUGGCUGAUGUUGACAAUACAGGAAGUGGACGAGAUAAAAUAAUUGUGGGUAGCUUUAUGGGUUACCUAAGAAUCUUUAAUCCCCAUCCUGUGAAAACAGGAGAUGGAGCUCAAGCUGAAGAUUUGCUUCUAGAAAUGCAUCUACGAGAUCCAAUACUGCAAGUGGAAGUUGGAAAGUUUGUUUCAGGUACUGAAAUGCUUCAUUUGGCUGUGUUGCAUUCUAGAAAACUUUGUGUCUACUCUGUCUCAGGAACCUUGGGUAAUGUGGAACAUGGGAACCAAUAUCAGAUCAAACUGAUGUAUGAACAUCAUCUUCAGAGAACAGCUUUCAAUAUGACUUAUGGAUCAUUUGGUGGUGUAAAAGGUCGAGAUUUAAUUUGUAUCCAGUCUAUGGACGGGAUGCUGAUGGUGUUUGAGCAGGAAAGCUAUGCUUUUGGACGAUUUCUGCCUGGUUCCCUUUUACCUGGUCCUCUUGCCUACAGUUCCCGAACAGAUUCCUUCAUUACUGUCUCCUCCUGCCGACAAGUGGAAAGUUACAAGUACCAAGUACUUGCUUUUGCAACGGACGCAGAUAAAAGACAGGAGACAGAACAGCAGAAACUUGGUUCUGGAAAAAGACUAGUUGUAGACUGGACUCUAAAUAUUGGAGAGCAAGCCCUUGAUAUAUGUAUUGUCUCUUUCAAUCAGUCGGCAUGUUCUGUUUUUGUUCUUGGUGAAAGAAACUUUUUUUGCCUAAAGGAUAAUGGACAAAUUCGAUUCAUGAAGAAACUUGAUUGUAGCCCAAGUUGUUUUCUCCCAUACUGCUCAGUUUCUGAAGGAACAAUAAAUACGUUGAUUGGAAACCAUAAUAACAUGUUGCAUAUUUAUCAGGAUGUGACACUCAAGUGGGCCACUCAACUGCCCCACAUUCCUGUAGCAGUAAGAGUGGGCCGUUUACAUGAUUUAAAGGGAGUGAUCGUCACUCUGAGUGAUGAUGGUCACCUGCAGUGUUCAUACCUGGGGACAGACCCGUCUUUGUUCCAAGCUCCAAAAGUUGAAUCUAGAGAACUAAACUAUGAUGAACUUGAUAUAGAAUUGAAAGAACUUCAGAAAAUCAUCAAAGAUGUUAACAAAUCGCAAGGUGUUUGGCCCAUGACUGAGAAAGAAGAUGACUUGAGAGUUUCUGCCACGGUUUCCCCUAACUUUGAUUCCGUGUCUCAAGCUCCUGAUGUUGAAGUGGGAACUGACCUCGUCCCUUCAGUCGCAGUGAAGGUCACACUGCAGAAUCGAGUUGCAUUGCAAAAAGCCAAGUUAUCAGUCUAUGUGCAACCACCGUUAGUAUUGACUUGUGAUCAAUUCACCUUUGAAUUUAUGGCACCAGAGAUGACGAGAACAGUAGCCUUUUCUGUUUAUCUGAAAGGAAGUUAUGCACCACCUGAAUUGGAAGGAAAUGCUGUCGUUUCUUAUACCACACCAACAGAUCGAAAUCCUGAUGGCAUUUCUCAAGUUAUCCAAUGUAAAUUUAGACUUCCCCUGAAAUUAAUCUGCCUACCAGGUCAGCCUUCAAAAACUGCAAACCACAAACUAACUAUCGAUACCAACAAACCUCCAGUUAGUCUUCUCAGUCUCUUUCCAGGCUUUGCCAAUCAGUCAGAAGAUGAUCAGGUGAAUGUAAUGGGUUUUCGCUUCCUGGGAGGUUCCCGAGUUACUCUUCUUGCUUCCAAAACCUCUCAACGAUACCGCAUUCAGAGUGAACAAUUUGAAGAUCUUUGGCUCAUAACAAACGAGCUUAUUAUCCGCCUUCGAGAAUAUUUUGAAAAACAGGGAAUCAAAGAUUUCGCAUGUUCUUUUUCUGGAUCUAUGCCCCUUCAAGAAUAUUUUGAGUUGAUUGAUCAUCAUUUUGAGCUGCGGAUAAAUGGUGAAAAAUUAGAAGAACUCUUAUCUGAAAGAGCUGUACAAUUUCGGGCCAUUCAACGCCGGCUAUUAACAAGGUUCAAAGAUAAAACACCUGCCCCCCUCCAACACCUGGACACCUUAUUAGAUGGAACUUACAAGCAGGUAAUCGCUCUAGCAGAUGCGGUAGAGGAAAACCAAAACAGUCUGUUCCAGUCAUUCACCAGGCUGCAAAGUGCCACCCAUUUGGUGAUUCUGCUGAUGGGACUGUGGCAGAAGCUGAGUGCGGACCAGAUUGCUAUUCUGGAGGCGGCAUUUCUGCCACUACAGCAGGACACUCAAGAACUGGGCUGGGAAGAAACGGUGGAUGCUGCUCUCUCCCACCUCUUGAAGACCUGCCUGUCGAAGAGUUCGAAGGAGCAGGCUUUGAACCUCAGCAGCCAGCUGCACCUACCCAAAGACACCAGCCGGCUGAAGAAACACAUCACCUUGCUGUGCGAGAGGUUGGCCAAAGGUGGGCGUCUCUGCCUUAGCACCGAUGCCGCGGCCCCGCCAACCAUGGUCAUGCCAGGUGGCUGUACUCCAAUCCCAGAAUCAGACCUAGAGGAAAGAUCAGUAGAACAAGACUCCACCGAACUGUUUACCAACCACAAGCACCUCGUAGAGACGCCCGUGCCUGAAGUUUCACCGCUCCAAGGAGUCUUGGAAUAGUUCAAGUAGAGUUGUCCGGUUGAGGGGAAGAUGGCCUUCCCCAGGCUGAUCCUGUGUGGACCUCAUGCCAAGCACAGAUGUAGGGCUGACCCAGGUGCUUAUCUAGUUCACCUGUCGAGAUGACACUGUAGAGAUGGGGAUCAGGAUUUUUAUUUUGCUAGGAGGACUUGUAAUACCAUGGGCCAGUCAGUCGCAGCUUUUCUUAGCAGGAAAAGGUGGUGCUGCUUUUUGGUCAUCCGUAUGUUUGCAGCCACAGGAUACAGUGAUAUGACAUCUUUUGGGGACAGACUUUAUAAUGUAGAGACCUAAAUCCAAAAUAAUUUGAUACCCCAUUUUUUCCCCACAGAAUUCUUAUAUGAUAAAUGUAUCAAGUUUAAUAAAACAUUUCAUUAUCAAACAACAUCUUGGAUUUGAUUUCUAAUCAGAGGGUUGUAUAGGUGAUUUCUCUACAUUAUUUCUGCAAAGGAAAGAAUUUGAAAGAAAUUGAAAACUUUGCGACUUCAUGGUAAGACUUGAACGAAUUGUUUUAUAAAUAAAAGAAACCACAGAACUUUCAUAUUAUUUACUCUACUAAGCUAAAAGUGGACGAAGGUAAGUUUUAUAGUAUUGUAUGAAAAUGUUAAAAUAUUUUCAAGGAAGCUAGUACAUUAAUAUCCUCUUUUCAUUACCCCAGUGAGUGACAACUUUUAAAAUUCCAGGUUAGAAAAGGAUUCCCACUUUAUCACAAUUAAAAUGUAAGGUUAUUAUAUGCAAGAUAUAAAAUAUUUUGCCAAUUGCAAGUUAAAGUGACAGUUGCAAGACUGAUUUAUUUAAACAAAGUAUGUCUGUGCCGGUUU